AAGCAUGCUGGAACCUCAAGAGAAUGAUGUACUUGAACUCCCAGAUUAUGAGCGUGUGGAAGAUGAAACCUUCCCUCCUUUCCCACCUCCAGGUUCUCCAGAGAGAGGAGAUGGUGAAGAAGCUGAACUUGAUGAAGAGUCAGAGAGAAGAAUACCUGUUCCUGUGCCUCCAAAGAGAACAGUUAAAAGGAACUUACCCAAGCUGGAUGCUCAGAGAUUAAUUUCAGAGAGAGGGCUUCCAACCUUAAGGCAUGUUUUUGAUAAUGUAAAGUUCAAAGGUAAAGGUCAUGAGGCUGAAGACUUGAAGAAGCUAAUCAGACACAUGGAGCACUGGGCACAUAGGCUAUUCCCUAAACUGCAAUUUGAGGAUUUUGUUGACAGAGUUGAAUACCUGGGAAAUAAAAAGGAAGUUCAGACCUGUUUGAAACGAAUUCGACUUGACCUCCCUAUUGUACAUGAAGAUUUUGUCAACAAUAAUGACGAAAUAGUAGAAAAUAAUGACCAUGAUAUAACUGCUACUGAAUUAGAUCCGUUUUUGACAAGCUCAUCUGCAACUGAAAGGUUUGCUCCUGAGUCAAGUAGAAGCCUAACAGAAGAGCAGCAACAGAGAAUUGAGAGAAAUAAACAACUGGCCUUGGAAAGAAGGCAGGCAAAGCUUCUGAAUAACAGUCAGUCCCAAGGAAAUGACUUGCUAGUGGACACACCCAGGACACACCCAAUACAAGUGGUUAAUACAAGUGAAGAUCAAAAAGAAGAGAUAUCAAAUGGAUUACAUGAAGACAGUCUAGAAAGCCUACGUGAUGAUGUUGCCGAUACUGUAAAUGCACAGGAGGAAUCAGAGAAAACACAGCCGGACCAGUCUUUUUAA